AUGAGGUAUGCCUGGACGUUAAUCCUGUACAUCCUUUUUCAUAUUUUACUAAAACCCAGGAACUCACCAAGAGCACAACCAAAGAAUACACACCCAUGCAAGACUGGCAACCCCAUCGAUGACUGUUGGAGAUGCGACCCCGAGUGGCACAACUACACUAACCGGAAAAUACUUGCAGAUUGCGCUGUUGGGUUUGGCCGUAACGCGACCGGUGGCCGUGACGGUGAGUUCUACGUGGUGACCGACCCAGAAAACGAUGACCCUAUCGACCCAAUUCCCGGUACGUUACGAUAUGCAGUCAUCCAAGAAGAACCCUUAUGGAUCAUCUUUGAAGGUGAUAUGGUCAUUAGACUAAAAGAUGAACUCCUUUUUAACUCAUUCAAAACCAUAGAUGGAAGAGGAGCUAAAGUGGAAAUAGCAGGUGGACCUUGUAUUACACUAUCUUAUGUAACUAAUGUUAUCAUACAUGGAAUCCACAUCCAUCAUUGUAAGCCAGGAGGGAAUGCCAUGGUUAGGAAGUCACCUAAUCAGUAUGGAUGGAGGAAUAUCUCUGAUGGAGAUGGGAUUUCAAUCUUUAGCUCUGCUCAUGUAUGGAUAGAUCACUGCACUCUCUCUCAUUGCCAUGAUGGGCUCAUUGAUGUCACUUAUGGAUCUACUUCCAUUACCAUCUCCAACAAUUAUAUGGCUUACCAUGAUGAAGUUAUGCUUAUGGGUCAUAGUGAUGACUUUCUUCUUGAUAAGAAUAUGCAGGUUACCAUUGCUUUCAAUUACUUUGGAGAAGGCCUAGUUCAAAGAAUCCCCAGGUGUAGACACGGAUAUUUUCAUAUUGUAAACAAUUUAUAUAGUGGUUGGGAGAUGUAUGCAAUCGGUGGAAGUGCCAAUCCAACGAUCAACAGUCAAGGGAAUUACUUCAUCGCACCCAAUAGCAAUUCCACCAAGGAAGUAACUAGAAGAAUAAACUCAUUAGAGAAUGAAUGGAAGGAAUGGAACUGGAGAUCAAUUGGGGAUCUGAUGCUAAAUGGAGCAUUCUUUACGUCUUCUGGCAACAACAAUUCACAGAACUAUGUAAAGGCUUCAAGCAUGUUUGCAAGGCCAGCUUCACUUCUAACCACUCUUAAUGUAACUGCAGGGGUUCUCAGUUGUCAAAUAGGAUAUAUUUGCUAAAGUUCCCAUCACCAUCAGGAGAGAUGUCUUUCCAGUUUCAACUCGAGUGCAUCUACAGGAGCUCUCAAUGCCCAGAUUCCUUCCAACAGUUCUUCUUUCUUGUUUAUUACAAAAAAAAAAGUCUCUCCACCAAUUUGCUUUCAUGUUAUGUAUUCAUUUUACUUCC